UAAAGAAAAAGCUUAUUCAGUUUUAGCUUUACAUUGCAAGGGAAGUUGUUCGGGAUAGAGAUUAAAUAGGGAAAAUGGUUAUCUGCAAUACAGAUAUAAAAUUAUAAAACCAUAAAAAAAUCUGUCCUCGCCCCUCCAUAAAGAUAAAUACCUGAAAUAUUUUUGUUCAACAAACAGAUAUAUUUGACGUCAAAUUAACACCAGCCUUUAUAAGCGACAUAAGAAACAAAAACACGAAAGAUGUGCCAUGUGAUCGCUACAUGCGUGGUUUUUGCUUUACUACAUUUGAGUUUCGGUACAUUAGCGAAUGUCACGGAUCAAUAUGUUGCGGCUGAAGUGACAAAAUCGUGUACUCAAGAAAUUGAAAAAUGUAAUUCAAUUCAAAUAUGGCUGCUGGGUAGAUAUCUCAACAAAACAUACAAUGUUGACUUAUAUGACGCCCCGAUGGUGCCCAGUAUAUCAGUAUACACCUUUCAUGGAGACGUGAAACUUAAGGAACGCGUUCCUACAAACGGGAUAUACUUAUACAGAGGAAGUGAACAGACUUGUGAUGUAUCUGUUAAAAUAGAUCUUGCGAAAAAUCAAAAUGGUAGCAUAUUUAUAAGCGUUAUGUGCCGUGAAGUAAAUUAUGAUAUUGACCUUCACUUUAAAAGAACGCUAAGUGAGUCAUCAGAGUUAUUUACAGGAAAUUUAACUACAUACCAAAAGAUAUCCAAAGAUUACGAAUCGAUUCGUUAUAAAGAAGUCCGCAGUAAUAACUAUGAACGAACACGGCGAAGAAGAUCAAGUAAUAGCGCCCUUCAUCGCGAAGACAUGACAACCAUAGAAUUAUAUUUAGUUCAUUCUAAUUCACUAUACAAUAGGCUAGGUGACGUAAGUGCAAAUAUAGCACGAAGUAUUGACAUUGUACACUCGAUUGAUACUAUUUACAGGUCGCUUGACGUACGAGUCGUCUUGGUUGGCAUAGAGAUCUGGAACGAAAGAGAUAAGAUCAACAUAACAGACGAUGCAAACAAUGUUUUGAAACAGUUCAUGUUUUAUGCCGAAAAGAACAUAAUAUAUCCCGAUAAUGUUCAUUUGCUGACAGCGCAAAACUUUAAUAAUGACGUCAUCGGUCUUGCCUAUGUAGGUGCUAUGUGCUCAAAAGCUUGGUCGGGUGGCUUAAGUAAUUAUAAGACUGAUGUUCAUUAUUCUUUUGUGUCUGGAACAAUGGCUCAUGAAAUAGGACAUAACUUAAAUAUGACCCACGAUGAAGUUCAUUGUGCAUGUGUGGAUUCUUCAGGAUAUUGCAUAAUGUAUCCCCGGAGUACCUACCCAAUUCCAAAACAUUUUUCAAAAUGUAGUAUCAACUCAAUGGAUGCGUAUUUGGCAAGCGAAAACGCACUGUGUUUGAAAAAUAAACCAAAUAUAUCGAUGCAGCCCGCACCGAAAUGUGGCAAUAACAUCGUUGAAGAGAAUGAAGAAUGUGAUUGCGGAAGUGUCACCUUUUGCACAAACUUAUGUUGCAAUCCAUCAACAUGUAGAUUAACAUACGGUGCAGAGUGCGCUUAUGGUGAUUGUUGUGUCAGCUGCAACAUAGCAUCAAAUAGGACAAUAUGUCGAAACGCGCAUACCGAAUGUGAUCUUGUUGAUUACUGCGACGGUACGUCACCUGAAUGCAAUGAUGUCUACAAGUCAAAUGGUACAAAUUGCACUCACGGUGGUGUGUGUGUUAAUGGCAAGUGUUAUUCUCAAACUCAUCAAUGCAAAUAUUUAUUUGGCGAAGAUUCUGUAAGUGCAAUUGAGACCUGCUACAGCAUUAACACGCUUGGGGAAACUUAUGGACAUUGUGGCAUUACAGAAGGAAAGUCUUUAAAGAAAUGUCUUCACGAAAGUAAGAUGUGUGGAAAGUUGCAAUGUAUGAAUGUAACCAAAGAAUAUCCAGUUGUAGGUUUCCAUUCAACUCGUGCAAAUGUGCAUAUAAAGGUUAAUGGAGAUGUUAAGAUGUGUGUUACUGGCUCCGCUGAUUUGGGAAGACAGCAAGGUGAUCCCGGUAUGGUUUUUGAUUGGACACCCUGUGGAUACAACCAAUAUUGCAUAAACAACGAAUGUAUUGCAGUGAACUUGACGUCAAAUUGCAAUAAAACGUGUAAGCAUCGUGAAGUUUGCUCAUCACAAGGCAAAUGUGUGUGUGAAGAUGGCUGGACUGGAGCAUUCUGCGAUCAGUCUACAAGCGAUUUUAAUGAUAUCACAAGCAACAGUAAUAAAAAUGGGCAGUUAGAUCAAAUUAAUUCUUCUGCUGUUAACAAGAUUAAUCAAUUCUUAUUGUUACCAGCUUGUUUUAAACUAAUUAUACAUAUUACGAUAUGAUUUUUUUAACAUCAUCUUGUUCUCACCAUACCCGUGCUAAUUUUCUUUGAAAUAAUCUUAAGACAUCAUUAAUUUGUAUUUUUUCCAAUGGUAUAUAUUUACUUCGGCAAAUUUAACUUUUAAAGCGUAAUUUUAUUAAAACCAAUUUUUACCGGGCAAUUCUAUGUUUUAUAAAAGAAAAAAGAAACAGAAAAAAGAAGGUUGGUCAAAUAAAUAUCAAACAAUUUAAUCUAAUUUUCCAAACUGUUAUAAGACGGACAAUAUAAAUAUCUCAAAAAUUAGGGAUUCGCAAAAUUGAAAUUUUCAGAUCAAUGGAUUGGGUGACGUCAUACUUUAGGAUAGAAAUCAAAACGCUUAUGCACAUUUACAUUUUCAUAACUUACAUAGAAAAAAAUCUUCAGAAUUGACCUAAUUACACAAGCUUUUAAAUAUAUGUAAAAAAAUUAUUUUUGGCAGUUGGUUGUAUCAAGGGUGUCACUAAAAACU